AGCAGGCGUCAAUCAAUUCUCUCUCUUCUGGAACAAUAAACGACAAUAAACACACAAACCGAGCUUUGUCUACUCAUAUCCAAAAUAUCAGCGGCGAACGUCCAUAAUCGAGCACACACAUGGCGGAAGUACCGAAGAAAGUGGAAGAGUUCAAUGAGCUCGAUGAACGGCGUGAUGCGUUCCAGGAGAGUUGGAAGUACUGGAAGAAGAGACAAGGCUCGUCCGAGCAUCACCACAGAAAGCUUUCUUCAAUCGACCCGCUACAGCCGGUGUCUCAGGCACCCUAUGUGAAUUCAGAUCCAGACAUAGUGAAUGGGGACACUCAGCAGCAACAGUUGAGCAGCCUUCCUCCGAGUAGGGAGCCUGUGCUGCUGAAUGGAGCAACUGCUGUGAAUGGCCAUAAGGGUGAUAGCGAUGUGAGGACAUGGUCCAGCUACUUGAACGUGCUAAAUUUCCUGCCACCAAUACCAUUGCAUAGUGUAUCUGAGACACUUCAUCAGGAGGAGAAUCAACGACCGCAUGCACAUUCCGUAUCAUCUCAAGGAGCCGGUUGGCUCAGCUGGUUUCAAUGGGGCACCCAGAACCAAGAUGACGAGCUUGUUCGUGACUUACAGAGCUCUGCUGAGAUCAAGAAGAACAUUAGAGAGGCCAAAAGGGCGAUUGAGAAUAGCGAUUCGAUAUGGGCUUGGUACCACCUUUCAGGCACGGAGGCACACGGUGAAACCUCAGUACUGGGGACCAAGACAGAGAUGUCACCGGUUGAGAUGAAGAAAUAUCCUAAUGGCGAUAUACAAGCACCUCUCACCACUGACAAGGGUCAAGUUGUACCCUUGGUGAGAGACUGCUUUAGAAAUAUCACUCUAAAGACUAAGGUGAGGACUGCAGUUCAACUGUACUACAGAUACCCAGCUGAAAGACACAUCUAUUUGAAGAACAACCUACAAAAACCACCAAUUAACAGAGUGGUUGUCAUUUCAGCUGUGGCACAGCAUAAGGGCAAACGAAACAUCACUGCGAGGGAGCUGUCCGACUGUACAUCUCUUUCGAUUAAAAAGUGGCUAGAGAAUAAUGAGCUUUUGCAAGAGGAUUGUUCAAUUGAAACGAUCUCAUUGGAAGCUCCAAAGACCAACGAUGCUACACAGGAUAACUUGUUCAAGCUGGUGAUCAACUGGAGAGAAAGCCUAAGAAAUGCCGACUGUCUCUUGAUGGUUGGCUUCAAAAGCUCCUUCUCUCUAGUGGUGCAACUGUUGGAUAUGUUAGUUUCAAGAUCUCUCUUGAAAGAACAGCUCAAGUUAGGACUCAUAAGUAUCUACGGCAUCAUUCCAGGUCCAUACUUGGAGGAUUCAGAGUCUCCUAAGCUACCAGAUGCAUCCGAAUUACAAACCACGCUCUCAAAUCUGAUCGAGAACCACAAUCUAAAGGUUACAAUCGUUGGAAGUACAGCCAAUGUCGCUGCUUCUUUGGCACUGCAAUACAGGCACGCCAAUAUAUUCAGAACAAUGUACUUUCCAGACACGCAGUAUAACAAUAACUUUGAAGUGGACCUCUUCGAAAUACUGUUGAUGUCAUCGAACCUGGGCCAGCCGUCAUUUAGGCUCCUCUUACAACUUUCGAAGUAUUUUACACAGCAAUCAACUCCUCAGACAAUAUUACACCAGAAGAUGUUCGACUCGCUCGUUUAUAACACAUUGAGCACCACGAGAUUAAUCGAGCCAACUUGCAUUAAAACGAAUGAGAUCCACGACUCUGUGCUGAACAACAACUACAAUCUGGUUUGGACUCUCCAUGCUUUCCUGGAUAACUUCCGCAAAAUAAAGCACAUUGACUCUUCGAAACGGAUAGAGAAACUGAUCACGGACUACAAAUCAUGGGAACCUCAAUCGAAACCGUUGAAGGAUCUAAAGUACAUGUUUGAAGUGUUGAAGAUUGAUGACUACAAUCAGAUGGUUUUGAAUUAACUUAUACAUUUACACUGAUAGUUUAUUAACGAGAGCCUAGCUCCGGUCAUCAUGGUCAUAAAGGUUCACACA